UUAUUAAUCAAAAGAUAUGAGUGUAUCAUUUUCAGCUGAUAUGCAAUCAUAUGUUCAUCUUGUGGCUCGAGAAUAAUCCUGUGAAUACACGAGGGCAGCGCUAAAGGCCGGUGAGUCCAGCGAUCGUGCCUACAGCCGGCCAGACAGCUCCAGCGUCUCGCAGAGGGGCGGCCCGUGCCGAGCGACAACUUCCUCGGUUUGAAAGCUCCGCCACGCUGACAUCAACGGAAGCAAAACACCUUUGCGAACUGCCCAGUUUUUAUUGUGGCGAUGAACUUUUUUUCCGCGAUACCAUAUUGACAAAAUGAUGUCUCAGGUGAAAUGUGGAGCAGAGGAAUGAAAAGGGCCAAAGACGAAACAAGUGGCCUGUGAGCCGAACGUCUGAUAAAGUAGACAAAGUAGUCGCGAUCGGCACUUCCACUUCCUGGUUGUAAACGCUCGGCUACAAGGUACACAACGUCCUCGCUACAGGAAGAGAUUAAGGUGCUGGAGAAAGCGGAACGAUCAUGUCCGCUAAAUGAAAGGGACAAGCGCUGGACAUUUCAUGAAGAGGCCAUCGGUGAAAAGCACGAAGUAAAGAAGCGCCCACCCUCCCUCUCUCUCUCUCUUUCUCUCCCCCCCUUCACCUCCCACUCUGGAUGUGUACGUCUGCUUGAUUAAAGAUACAAUACGAAAAAAAAAAUCGAAUCCAUUUAAAGAAGAAAGCCCCUUUUAACCGAGGUGGAGAAUGCCUGCUGGCGUCUGUGGCUGCUGUGGUCCCCUGCGCCCACGAUAUAAACGCCUCGUGGAUAACAUAUUUCCAGAAGACCCAAACGAUGGGCUUGUUAAAUCUGAUAUGGAGAAGCUCACCUUCUAUGCAGUGUCUGCACCAGAGAAGCUGGAUAGGAUCGGAGCUUACCUGGCAGAAAGACUGAGCAGAGAUGUGGUCCGGCAUCGCUACGGUUAUGUCGUUAUUGCGAUGGAAGCUCUGGAUCAACUUCUAAUGGCCUGCCAUUCCCAGAGCAUCAAACCUUUUGUUGAAAGCUUCCUUCAUAUGGUGGCAAAGCUGCUAGAGUCUCGGGAACCAGACCUGCAGAUUCUUGGAACCAAUUCAUUUGUGAAGUUUGCAAACAUUGAGGAGGAUACCCCUUCUUAUCACAGACGGUACGACUUCUUCGUAUCCCAGUUUAGUGCCAUGUGCCACUCAACACAUGAAGACAUGGAAACAAGAAAUAAGAUUCGAGUUGCUGGCAUUAAGGGCCUUCAAGGAGUUGUCCGCAAAACAGUCAACGAUGAACUUCAAGCGAUUAUCUGGGAGCCUCAGCACAUGGAUAAACUCAUCCCCUCCAUGUUGUUUAACAUGCAGUCUGCGGAAGACACUGACCGAACUGGACCUCCUACCACCCCUUCAGAUGAAAACCCGGCCGUAUUGGCCGAGAACUGCUUCAGGGAGCUCCUUGGGAGAGCAGCGUAUGGGAAUAUGAACAAUGCGGUCAGGCCGGUGCUGGUGCACUUGGAUAACCAUCGUCUUUGGGAGUCAAAUGAGUUUGCCGUCAGUUGCUUUAGGAUCGUCAUGUACUCCAUACAGGCCCAGCAUUCUCACCAUGUGAUUCAGCAGGUUCUGGGUCACCUGGAUGCCCAUAAGAAGAGCUCCCCACGGGUCAGGGCUGGAAUGGUGCAGGUCAUCCUAGAAACUGUUGCAAUUGCCGCCAGAGGGUCUAUAGGUCCAACUGUCCUCGAUGUGUUCAAUACACUGCUGAAACAUUUGCGUAUAAGCGUGGAUUUUGAACUUGGAGACCGACGUUACUCAUCGAGCAGCGGCAACGCUAACUCCACCUUCAAAGAAAGUGAAGAAAGGGUGGUCCAGAAUGCCAUUAUACAAACCAUUGGUUUCUUUGGUGGAAAUCUCCCAGAUUAUCAGAGGUCUGAAGUGAUGAUGUUUAUAAUGGGGAAGGUUCCCGUAUUUGGAACACCAUGCCACACGCUGGAGACCACGAAUAUGGGAGACCUCGGAACCAAGCGUAUUCAGGUUAUGUUGCUUCGGUCACUUAUAAUGGUUACUUCAGGUUAUAAAGCAAAAUCCAUCCAUGCUGCACUUCCUGCCCCAUUCCUGGACCCGUUGCUUUCCGUUUCCCUGAUGGAGGACAGUGAGCUUCGCCAGUUAGUUUUGGAAAUUCUUCACAAUCUUAUUGAUCGUCAUGACAACAGGGCAAAACUGAGGGGAAUAAGGGUCAUCCCUGAUGUUUCUGCUCUAAAAAUAAAGAGAGAAAAGAUUUCCAAACAAGAUGUGAACUUCAUGAAAAAGCAUGGACAGCAGCUGUAUCGACACAUCUACCUGGGUUGUAAAGAAGACGAUAAUGUGCACAAAAACUUUGAGCUUCUCUUCACUGCCCUGGCUCUCGUUACAAUUGAAUUAGCUAACGAAGACGUGGUUAUCGACCUGAUUCGACUCUCUAUUGCUCUGCAGGACAUGGCCAUCAUGAACGAAGAUAACCUUUCCAUAUUUAACCGCUGUGGCACGAUGGCGCUGGUAGCUGCUUAUUUGAAUUUCCUUAGUCAGAUGAUUGCAAAUCCUGCUUUUUGUCAGCAUGUCAGCAAGGUGAUCGAAGUCAGAAGCCUGGAAGCACCUUAUCUUUUACCGGAGACUUUUUUCAGAGAGAAGUGCACCCUUCCGAAGACCUUGGAAAGGCACGACAAGAACUUGUUUUUCCUCACCAACAAGAUCGCAGAGUCCUUGAGUGGCACGAGCUACUGUGUGGACAGGCUGUCCGUGCCAUACGUCCCUCAAGUGACAGAUGAAGACAAGCUGUCUAGAAGAAAAAGUAUCGUUGAUACGGUGUCAAUCCAAGUGGACAUUCUCUCUGGAAAUAACCAGCCAGACAAGACAAGAAUAGCUGAAGAAAUAACAUUUGAAGCUCUAAAGAAAGCAAUUGACACCACAGGAAUGGAGGAGCAAGAGAAAGAGAAGCGACGGCAAGUAAUUGAAAAGUUCCAGAAGGCUCCCUUUGAAGAGAUUGCAGCACAGUGUGAAAUCCAGGCAAACCAACUACAUAAUAAACUGGCAAAAAUAUUUGAGUUGACAAUCCGGCCACCGCCAAGUCCCUCAGGAACUGUCACCGUUGCUGCAGGACACACACAGUACCAGUCUGUUCCAGUCUACGAGAUGAAAUUUCCAGAUCUGUGUGUUUAUUAGCAGCCUAAAAGGCUGCAAAAAAGGUUAUUCUCUUUUACAGAUAUGUGUACUUUCCAUAUUUUAUUAGGUUUAUUGUGUUAAAUAAAUGUUAGAAUUUUUUUUUUACUUUUUAUUUCUUUUUCACAUAUUCAAUCACAUGUUCCAGUUCACGUAGUUCCUACAUACUUAUUUACAUAAAAUUUAAGGGCACAUUGUUGUUUGUUCACUUUGCAUGAACUCAGUCUUAUAUUCCUAAUAUUUGUUGGUGACAAUAAGUCUCACUAUGGUGGGUACAGAAAUGUUUUUAUCCCUAGCUUUAUUAAAAGCAGUGUGGCGCCUCCCCCAGGUGGGUAGGACACUGCACUUUAAACCUCAAGGUUCAGCCAGCACUCUCCGAAUUGUAGAAACUGUUCCAAGUCAAAGCAAAAAUCUGUCAAGUCGCCUUGUCCAAAUCAUCCAUCAUGGUAAUAUAAUUGUAUCUGUUUUGUCCUUUAGGCUAAGUCUUUCACUAUUCAUGUCAUCAACAGCAACUUCCGUUUUUCGCUGUCACUUCCAGUCACACAUGGCAGUUUUAGAAUAUCUGUUAGGUGGUCUGGGUUGACUGCAGCUGCCAUCACUCCUUGAACCCACAACUGUUAAUACUUAUAAAUUAAGGGCAAUGAGGGCAGAUAAGAACAAGAGUACGGCGCAUAGUGCUUUUAUUAGCAGUCUCAAAGUGUAAAUCGUGCAGUGCAAUAAAUAAGUUCAUAAAUGAUCCAAUCAAAAGAGUGUUCUUGCUAGAGGUUAAAAUCUCAUAAAUAAUCCAAUGAAUAAUCCACCCAUAAAAACAAGGUUAAAAUCAUAGCCAGGAUCUGUCGUUCACAAUCAAUACGAGCUUGGUACUAUUUCUAAACCUGACGCCUCCUUUGCUCCCCCUUUAAGGUCUCCUCAGCUCAAGGAGACGUACACCGGCAAGUGUGGUCAUCCUUCGCAUGGGCUUGAACCCAAGCCACCUCAAUUAGUCACCACUAGUAGCCAGGCUUAUCUUCCUGUGACCAUCCCAUGGCCUUCAUCUGUGAACUCCAUGAGCCCUGCUCCUCAUUUCCACCACCAUCCCACAGCAUUAAGCAGGGAGUCGCAGGGAACUGGUAGUUGGGCCUGCUCCUUGGGUGCUCAGCAGAAGUGACCUUGCCCUGUGAGCAACUUCUGCUCACUCAUCCCUCAACAACAAUUUAUUUAUAUGGCAAGUUUUCAUACAAAUGAUAUUAAAUGAAAAUUCUAGGCCUCUUCUCGACCACUUGCCACCACUCCACAAUAGCACCGACUCCGUUAUCAUCCUGCCUGUUCACUUUCUUACUCUUUUAACCUCCAGGCCCUUCAUCUUUCUUUUUCAAUCUGAUCUCCCUCCUCUCUCAACUCGUGCCCCUCUUUAAACCCCUAUGGGUGCAUAAUUGCAACCCCUGACCACUAGCAAGAUAAUUAAACCGCACAUGUCUGCACGUGAGUUCAGGCUUACCUGAACUCCACCUUUAACACCCCGGGGCCAAGUGUACCAUUUUUAUUAAAAAAACUAACACAUCACCAAGGACCCCAAUUAUGUUUUAUCGCAGUCUGGCCCCUUUAUAUAUAUCAGGUCAAGUUAAAAUGCCCAUUAUGUUUUAAGCCAGAUAUCCCGAUUAGCAGAGAACACUCUACAUAAGGAUAUUGUAAUCAUGGCUCCCCUGACUAUUUUGCCUUACUGGUAGUAUCACUGGCUCCUCGCUAUUAGUUCUGGCUUUGCUCAUAUCUCAGCAGAGUUUCCACAAUACUGAAGCGAGUGCUGUAUUUACGAGGUUAUUUUACAAAGGUAAAGUAACACAGCCUCAUACAAUCCUUACUGCUAGUCAAGUUCUUGUCCUUCCUGUCUACCCAACUCUACACAAAAUAAGACUCUUGGGUUUGACUUAAAAUUUUUUACUCCACCUUCUUGAGCCACAUUCACGUUAGCCCCAAAAAUACAAGAAAGAGUUAGGUGUAAUGAUAAAGAAGGGGAGAGAUUGUAAAGGCUUGGGUACCUCAUUUAAUAUAAAGAAUAGUAGCAAAACAAAGAGUUCAAACCAAAACUUGCGGAGUUAUACGUCCUUUGCCAGCUGUGUGUGCCAUAUCGUAAAGAGUUUCUCCCAGCAUUAGGGUAUUCUUCAUCCGUGCUUGUCAAGUGCAGGUUCUAAAGAAAAGCACAAAAUACCAAACAUUCAGAUACUUUACAAAUAUUAAAGGAUAAGUUUGGUAUUUUUCAAAUUGAAGUUUUUUCUCCAUAAACGUGGCAUAUAUGCAUUUGUCGCACGAAAUUGUUCUAAAGAUAAGCACUUUCUAAAGCCUUUGAAACUUCUGAAAUUCUUGUAAUUCUACUUCAGUAUACUGUAGAAACAUCUAACAGAAAGAU